GAUCUGAUAACUUGCCAGCAAACAGACCACACUGUGGUCUGUGAACGAUGGCACAUACAGCAGAGAGGUCUGAUCACCUAUCGAUAAGUGUUUGAUCCAGAUUUGAUAUGAUCGACGACAAAAGUCUGCUCACGGGUUCAGAACCGGAAUGGAAAGAAAUCCUUCUCGGAUGAUUAGAGGACCACGGGUAAGCAUUUCGUGGGUAUGGAAACACACUUUGGUUUGAAGGAUGUACUUAUAUCUCGUGAUGAGACAUCGAAGAGGGCAACGAAAAGGACGCGACCUCUUUGGGUCGCGCUACUUGCUUACGUCACAUUUCACGAAUCCAGCUGGAGCCUUCCGCGCUCCCAAACUUCGUCCAUGUCAAUACCCAUAAUGUGACCGUUUCUUCAUCGGCCGUCGUGAUGCCACGCGCAAAAACACCAUACGCACGUGCUCGUGAACCUCUCUGCCCGUCGCUCCCCCCUGAGAUAUGGAUCAAUAUCUUCAGUUACUGCCUCGACCUCUCGCACCUUUGGAACACAUGUCGACGCAUUUCACCCACUCUAAAAGCAUGUGCUGAACGCGCGUUCAGCGAAAAUCUUCUCGGAGAUGUUCACAUAGAGUUUAUGUUGGACAGGCACAACCUAGGCGGCAAGAGAGGGCCUCACGAACCUGCGAUCUCACUUGAAUUCGAGCGCCUAGGCAAGGGCGAUGAGGAAGGCAUUGCAUGGUUCUCUGGACACUUUCGUGGGCACAAGGUUGUGGAUGCUGGGAUGAGGGAUAAGACAAAGGCUGUCAUCAUGCAGAGGUGGCACGAAAAUGUUGAAAGGCGCAAGCCUGAGUUGCCGAACUACACGAUAAGCAUCGGCGAGGUGGUCAACGAUACCCACAUUCCAGGCCUAGUCGUUGAUGCCGAGGAGUACAGGAUACGAUUAGACUGGCGUAGAAUGUUCGAGCUAUUCUUCCGUGAGCAAGCACGACUAGAAGACUUGAGGGCGGAGUGGCAGGGCAGCCAUCGAUCGACCCAUCAGGCAGUCGCUACUCGCAAAGCAAAAGCAAGCAAGCCAGUAUCGACGGAGCUCCCAUCAUCAUGGGAGGAGAUCGAGGCCGAUGCGCGUAAAAACAUUCGACGCACGAGGCUGAAAGAGCACUACCAAGACAAUGCCGAAAUGAUAUGGGCCAUCAACUCACUCAAGUAUUUCGAGAAGGCCGACUCAGCCAAAUGGAGUUCUGCAUCACCCCAAAUGUUACCGCAUCUGCCCGGUGCUGGUCUUGGCGAGCGAUGGUUCGGUAGCACGAACCUUGUGCAAGAGCUCUACCUCGACGAGUGCAGUAGUAUGAACAGGAUUGACACUCAGAUGAGGACUGUAAGAAAGCAGAAGGGUGGCUGAACACCUCGGGUGCGAUAUGGCUACUAUGCCGACUUGCCACGUUGCACACAUACGAACGAUCAAACUUCGGGAUCUUGACGAUUACUACUCCAUGAUAAUGCGGGCAGCAUCGCUCCUCUGAUCAGAGACAUCGCAGCACAAGAUGAUCUCAUCGGUACCUGG